UGAAUCAUAGAAUCUUAUAUCAAUCAAAUAGUUGUUCAUAAAACAUGAAAUUCAUAAAUAUGAAUCAAUAAAUCAGGGAGACAGGUGGAUGAACCGGGAAGUCUGUUUACUUUUUUGUCCCCUAACUCAGAAAAGUUUUCAAAAUAAAAGUGUUUCCUUAGCUUCUCUUUUUUUCCAGUUGUAUUUUGAUACUCUGAGAGUCCCAGGAUUUCACCACAGACGAUACAAAGUAGGCUACAGCAUUACUAUACGUUGACUUUGUAUGGAGUCGAACGCGCCCGUCGCCUGGAACGCGUCUAUACGUUGACUUUGUACGGAGUCGAACGCGCUCGUCGCCUGGAACGCGUCUAUACGUUGACUUUGUAUUGAAGUCGCGCCGCCCCUUCGCUUUUAAUGUGAACGCGCCAUUACUUUAGUUUCACGCGCUCUGGUUUCACUAUUCACAUAAACGAUGUGACGCAGUUAGCUGUGGGCAAAGCUCUUCUUCUUUCUGUUCUGUCUGCACUGAGGACCCCAGCAGCUCAAUCUUUACUCUAAGAGCCUUUGUUAAUGUUCUGUCUCGCUUCUAAACACUUCUCUUUUAUUUGGUGAACACCUUAAUCUCUUUAUUCCCUCCUUUCCUUGCAUUUGUUAUUCUAUAUUUCCAUUCAACACGGGCAGCACACGUUUCGUCACGGAAAAGAUAAGGUCUCCAGUCUACUAUGGAUGAGGAGAGAGAGGAGGGGGCUCCUACCUCUAAAACCACUCUGUCUGGGAAACAUGGCCACCAGAGUAAAGCUAAGAGCCCAGAGCAGCGGGAGAGAGCAGACUCCCCUGGACCCAGCUGUGUCUCCUUGAAGAGUGACUGGUCUAUGGAUGAUCCUAUUAACUUUAGAGAUGGAAAUCAGUCUAUUGAGAAGAGAAGAUUCCAGAAGGAGAGAGCAGACUCCCCUGGACCCAGCUGUGUCUCCAUGAAGAGCAACUGGUCUAUGGAACAUCCUCCUGACCUUAAAGAUAGACGCUCCUCCAGAGAGGAGAGGCGACCCCAGGAGAGGUCAAAGGUUACCAGUGCUCAGUCUGUACAGCAGAAUCAAACAGAGCUGAUCAAGAGGGUUGAGGAGAACGCACACACUUUUCUAGACAAGGAGCUGAAGAAGCUCUGGAGGGAUCUCUUCUCAGAUUACCCACAAUGCUCAGAGAGUCAGAGGGAGGACGAGGAGGAGGAUGGUAAGAACGAGGAGCGGAGGAGGCGCGCCAUAGAGGGAGUGGUAGACAUCACAAAGCUCUGCCUGAUGGAGAUGAACCAGGAGGAACUGGCCGACAAGCUGGGGAGUGGUCUCCAGUCUACUAUGGAUGAGGAGAGAGAGGAGGGGGCUCCUACCUCUAAAACCACUCUGUCUGGGGAACAUGGCCGCCAGAGCAAAGCUAAGAGCCCAGAGCAGCGGGAGAGAGCAGACUCCCCUGGACCCAGCUGUGUCUCCUUGAAGAGUGACCGCUCUAUGGAUGAUCCUCAUAACUUUAGAGAUGGAAAUCGGUCUAUUAAGAAGAGAAGAGUCCAGAAGGAGAGAGCAGACUCCCCUGGACCCAGCUGUGUCUCCUUGAAGAGCGACCGGUCUAUGGAUCGUCCUCCUGGACUUAAAGAUGGACGCCCCUCCAGAGAGGAGAGGGGACCACAGGAGAGGUCAAAGGUUACCAGUGCUCAGUCUGUACAGCAGAAUCAAGCAGAGCUGAUCAAGAAGGAGAGAGCAGACUCCCCUGGACCCAGCUGUGUCUCCAUGAAGAGCAACUGGUCUAUGGAACGUCCUCCUAAUCUUAAAGAUGGACGCCCCUCCAGAGAGGAGUGGCGACCACAGGAGAGGUCAAAGGUUACCAGUGCUCAGUCUGUACAGCAGAAUCAAGCAGAGCUGAUCAAGAGGGCUGAGGAGAACGCACACGCUUUUCUAGACAAGGAGCUGAAGAAGCUCUGGAGGGAUCUCUUCUCAGAUUACCCACAAUGCUCAGAGAGUCAGAGGGAGGACGAGGAGGAGGAUGAUAAGAACGAGGAGCAGAGGAGGCGCGCCAUAGAGGGAGUGGUAGACAUCACAAAGCUCUGCCUGAUGGAGAUGAACCAGGAGGAACUGGCCGACAAGCUGGGGAGUGGUCUCCAGUCUACUAUGGAUGAGGAGAGAGAGGAGGGGGCUCCUACCUCUAAAACCACUCUGUCUGGGGAACAUGGCCGCCAGAGCAAAGCUAAGAGCCCAGAGCAGCGGGAGAGAGCAGACUCCCCUGGACCCAGCUGUGUCUCCUUGAAGAGUGACUGCUCUAUGGAUGAUCCUCAUAACUUUAGAGAUGGAAAUCAGUCUAUUAAGAAGAGAAGAGUCCAGAAGGAGAGAGCAGACUCCCCUGGACCCAGCUGUGUCUCCUUGAAGAGUGACUGCUCUAUGGAUGAUCCUCCUAAGUUUAGAGAUGGAAAUCAGUCUAUUAAGAAGAGAAGAGUCCAGAAGGAGAGAGCAGACUCCCCUGGACCCAGCUGUGUCUCCUUGAAGAGUGACUGGUCUAUGGAUCUUCCUCCUCACCUUAAAGUUGGACGACCCUCCAGAGAGGAAGGGCGACUCCAGGAGAGGUCAAAGGUUACCAGUGCUCAGUCUGUACAGCAGCAUCAAGCAGAGCUGAUCAAGAGGGCUGAGGAGAACGCACACGCUUUUCUAGACAAGGAGCUGAAGAAGCUCUGGAGGGAUCUCUUCUCAGAUUACCCACAAUGCUCAGAGAGUCAGAGGGAGGACGAGGAGGAGGACGGUAAGAAGGAGGAGCAGAGGAGGCGUGCCAUAGAGGGAGCGGUAGACAUCACAAAGCUCUGCCUGAUGGAGAUGAACCAGGAGGAACUGGCCGACAAGCUGGGGAGUGGAGCUGAUGCGGUCCAGUGGCAACAUGAACUCAAGGCUCAUCUGAAGAAGAAGUUCUACUGUGUGCUUGAGGGAAUCGCUAGAGCAGGAGAGCAGAGACCUCUGAAUGAGAUCUACACAGAGCUCUUCAUCACAGAGAGAGGCAGUGGAGAGGUCAACAUGGAACAUGAGGUCAGACUGAUUGAAAAGGCAUCCAGGAAAACAGCCAAUGAGGAAACACCAAUCAGAUGUGAAGACAUCUUUAAACCUUUACCUGGACAAGAUAAACCAAUCAGAACAAUAAUGACAACUGGAGUGGCCGGCAUUGGUAAAACUCUCUUAACACACAAGUUCACUCUGGACUGGGCCGAAGGCAAAGCCAACCACGACAUAGACUUCACAUUUCUCCUCACUUUCAGAGAGCUGAAUUUAUUGAAAGGGAAAGAGUUUAGCUUACUGAAACUUCUUCAUCAGUUUUCUGUUGAAACCAAAGAAUCAGAAAUCUACAGAUACGACCAUGACCAAGUAGUCUUCAUCUUGGAUGGUCUGGAUGAGUGUCGACUUCCUCUGGACUUCCAGAACAACCCGAACUGGACUGAUGUCACCGAGCCGACCUCAGUAGACGUGCUGCUGACAAACAUCAUCAGGGGAGUCCUGCUUCCCUCUGCCCGCAUCUGGAUAACCACACGCCCUGCCGCAGCCAAUCAGAUCCCUGCUGAGUGUGUUGACAUGGUGACCGAGGUGAGAGGGUUCACCGACCCACAGAAGGAGGAGUACUUCAGGAAGAGAUUCAGAGAGGGGACACUGGCCAGCACAAUCAUCUCGCACGUCAAGAAAUCUCGAAGCCUCCACAUCAUGUGUCACAUCCCAGUCUUCUGUUGGAUCACUGCUACAGUUCUAGAGGACUUCUUCAAAACAUCCCAGAGAGGAGAAGAGGUGCCCAAGACCGUGACUCAGAUGUACAGCCACUUCCUGAGGGUUCUGUCCAUACAGGGGGACAGGAAGUAUCAUGGGAGAGCUGAAACUGAUCCACACUGGAGUUCGGAGAGCAGGAAGAUCAUUGUUUCUCUGGGGAAACUGUCUUUUAACCAGCUGGAGAAAGGCCAGCUGAUCUUCUACGAGGCAGACUUGGCAGAGUGUGACAUCGAUAUCAGAGCAGCCUCAGUGUACUCAGGAGUGUUCACCCAGAUAUUUAAAGAGGAGUUUGGCCUGCACCACGACAGGAUGUUCUGCUUUGUCCAUCUGAGCAUCCAGGAGUUUCUGGCUGCCCUUUAUGUCUUUCUGUCCUACAUCAACACUGGUGUCAACCUGCUCUCAGAAGAACAUCCAACCUCCAGGGAAGCUGAACUCCUCCUCCUCUACCAGAGUGCUGUGGACAAGGCCUUACAGAGUGAGAACGGGCACCUGGACUUGUUCCUCCGCUUCCUCCUGGGCCUCUCUCUAGAGACCAAUCAGAUGCGCCUACAAGGUCUGCUGGGACCAAGAGGAAGUAAAUUACAGGACAAUCUAACAAAAAACAUUCCAUCGGGGCAGACAGGAAGGAGGUCACAACUCAAUAACCAAAUAGUCCAUUACAUCAAGGAGAAGAUAGGUGGAGAUCUCUCUCAAGAGAGAAGCAUCAAUCUGUUCCACUGUCUGAAUGAGCUGAAUGACAGUUCUCUAGUGGAGGAGAUCCAACAGUACCUGUCAUCAGGAAGACUCUCCACAGAAUCUCUCUCCUCUGCUCAGUGGUCAGCUCUGGUCUUCAUCGUACUGACAUCAGAAGAGCAGCUGGACGUGUUUUACCUGAAGAAAUACUCUGCUUCUGACGAGGGUCUUCUGGGGCUGCUGCCACUGAUCAAAGCCUCCAAAACAUCUCUGCUGAACAGCUGUAAACUGUCAGAGAGAUGCUGUAAAGCUCUGGCCUCAGUUCUCAGCUCCAACUCUUCUCGUCUGAGAGAGCUGGACCUGAGUUCCAAUCGUCUACAGGAUUCAGGAGUGAAGCUGCUCUCUGCUGGACUGGGGAGUCCACACUGUACACUGGAAACUCUCAGGCUGAUUGGCUGUGAUCUGUCAGAGAGAUGCUGUGAAGCUCUGGCCUCAGUUCUCAACUCCAACUCUUCUCGUCUGAGAGUGCUGGACCUGAGUAACAAUGAUCUGCAGGAUUCAGGAGUGAAGGUGCUCUCUGCUGGACUGGGGAGUCCACACUGUACACUGGAAACUCUCAGGCUGAAUGUCUGUCAUCUGUCAGAGAGAUGCUGUGAAGCUCUGGCCUCAGUUCUCAGCUCCAACUCCUCUAGUCUGAAAGAGCUGGACCUGAGUACCAACGAUCUGCAGGAUUCAGGAGUGAAGCUGCUCUCUGCUGGACUGGGGAGUCCACACUGUACACUGGAAACUCUCAGGCUGAAUUGCUGUGGGCUGUCAAAGGGAUGCUGUAAAGCUCUGGCCUCAGCUCUCAGCUCCAACUCCUCUAGUCUGAGAGAGCUGGACCUGAGUUCCAAUCGUCUGAAGGACUCAGGAGUGAAGCUGCUCUCUGCUGGACUGAGUCCACACUGUACACUGGAAACUCUCAGGCUGAUUGGCUGUCGUCUGUCAGAGGAAUGCUGUAAAGCUCUGGCCUCAGUUCUCAGCUCCAACUCCUCUAGUCUGAAAGAGCUGGACCUGAGUAACAAUGAUCUGCAGGAUUCAGGAGUGAGGCUGCUCUCUGCUGGACUGAGGAGUCCACACUGUACACUGGAAACUCUCAGGCUGAAUGGCUGUCAGAUGUCAGAGAGAUGCUGUGAAGCUCUGGCCUCAGUUCUCAGCUCCAACUCCUCUAGUCUGAGAGUGCUGGACCUGAGUACCAAUGAUCUGCAGGAUUCAGGAGUGGAGCUGCUCUCUGCUGGACUGGGGAGUCCACACUGUAAACUGGAAACCCUCAGGCUGAAUUCCUGUGAUCUGUCAAAGGGAUGCUGUGAAGCUCUGGCCUCAGCUCUCAGCUCCAACUCCUCUAGUCUGAGAGAGCUGGACCUGAGUUCCAAUCUUCUACAGGAUUCAGGAGUGAAGCUGCUCUCUGCUGGACUGGGGAGUCCACACUGUACACUGGAAACUCUCAGGCUGAAUAGCUGUCAUCUGUCAGAGAGAUGCUGUGAAGCUCUGGCCUCAGUUCUCAGCUCCAACUCUUCUCGUUUGAGAGAGCUGGACCUGAGUACCAAUGAUCUGCAGGAUUCAGGAGUGAAGCUGCUCUCUGCUGGACUGGGGAGUCCACAAUGUACACUGGAAACUCUCGGGCUGAAUGUCUGUCGUCUGUCAGAGAAAUGCUGUGAAGCUCUGGCCUCAGUUCUCAGCUCCAACUCCUCUAGUCUGAGAGAGCUGGACCUGAGUACCAACGAUCUGCAGGAUUCAGGAGUGAAGCUGCUCUCUGCUGGACUCGGGAGUCCACACUGUACACUGGAAACUCUCAGGCUGAAUGUCUGUCAUCUGUCAGAGAGAUGCUGUGAAGCUCUGGCCUCAGUUCUCAGCUCCAACUCCUCUAGUCUGAAAGAGCUGGACCUGAGUACCAAUGAUCUGCAGGAUUCAGGAGUGAAGCUGCUCUCUGCUGGACUGGGGAGUCCACACUGUACACUGGAAACUCUCAGGCUGAAUUUCUGUAAGCUGUCAAAUGGAUGCUGUGAAGCUCUGGCCUCAGCUCUCAGCUCCAACUCCUCUAGUCUGAAAGAGCUGGACCUGAGUUCCAAUCGUCUGAAGGAUUCAGGAGUGAAGUUGCUCUCUGCUGGACUGGGGAGUCCACACUGUACACUGGAAACUCUCAGGCUGAUUGGCUGUCAUCUGUCAGAGGAAUGCUGUGAAGCUCUGGCCUCAGUUCUCAGCUUCAACUCCUCUAGUCUGAGAGAGCUGGACCUGAGUAACAAUGAUCUGCAGGAUUCAGGAGUGAAGCUGCUCUCUGCUGGACUGGGGAGUCCACACUGUACACUGGAAACUCUCAGGCUGAAUGUCUGUCAUCUGUCAGAGAGAUGCUGUGAAGAUCUGGCCUCAGUUCUCAGCUCCAACUCCUCUAGUCUGAGAGAGCUUGACCUGAGUAACAAUGAUCUGCAGGAUUCAGGAGUGAAGCUGCUCUCUGCUGGACUGGGGAGUCCACACUGUACACUGGAAACUCUCAGGCUGAAUUGCUGUGAUCUGUCAGAGAGAUGCUGUGAAGCUCUGGCCUCAGCUCUCAGCUCCAACUCCUCUCGUCUGAGAGAGCUGGACCUGAGUUCCAAUCGUCUGCAGGAUUCAGGAGUGGAGCUGCUCUCUGCUGGACUGGGGAGUCCACACUGUACACUGGAAACUCUCAGGCUGAUUGGCUGUCAUCUGUCAGAGAGAUGCUGUGAAGCUCUGGCCUCAGCUCUCAGCUCCAACUCCUCUAGUCUGAGAGUGCUGGACCUGAGUAACAAUGAUCUGCAAGAUUCAGGAGUGACGCUGCUCUCUGCUGGACUGGGGAGUCCACACUGUACACUGGAAACUCUCAGGCUGAAUGUCUGUCGUCUGUCAGAGAGAUGCUGUGAAGCUCUGGCCUCAGUUCUCAGCUCCAACUCUUCUCGUCUGAGAGUGCUGGACCUGAGUAACAAUGAUCUGCAGGAUUCAGGAGUGAAGCUGCUCUCUGCUGGACUGGGGAGUCCACACUGUACACUGGAAACUCUCAGGUUGUCUGGCUGCCUGGUCACACAGGAAGGCUGUGCUUCUCUGGCCUCCGCUCUGAGCUCCAACCCCUCCCAUCUGAGAGAGCUUGACCUGAGCUACAAUCACCCAGGAGACUCAGGAGCUGCGCUGCUCUCUGCUGGACUGGAGGAUCCACACUGGAGACUGGACACUCUCAGUGUGGAGCACGGUGGAGUGUGGAGACUGAAACCAGCUCUAAAGAAGUAUGCCUGUGAACUCACACUGGACCCAAACACAGCCCACAGACAACUCUCUCUGUCUGAGGACAGCAGGAAGGUGACGCUGGUUGAAGAGGAACAGUCGUAUCCGGAUCACCCAGAGAGGUUUGACGUCCUGCACCAGGUGUUGUGUAGAGAGGGUCUGACUGGCCGCUGCUACUGGGAGGUAGAGUGGGGAGGACGGGUUCAUAUAGGAGUGGCAUACAGAGGAAUGACAAGGAGAGGAGCGGGUAGUGACGGCGUGCUUGGAUUCAACAACAAGUCCUGGAGUCUUGUUUGUGAUGACUACGAUGAUGCUGUCUACACUGCCCGUCACAACGGUAGUGGAACAGCCCUACGUCUCCCCCCCCCUCGCUCUAACAGAGUAGGAGUGUAUCUGGACCGGCCCGCUGGCUCUCUGUCCUUCUACAGAGUGUCCCCAGGAGGAGGGGGGUCCUCAGACACACUGACACACAUCCACACCUUCCAGGCCUCCUUCACCCAGGAGGUCCUCCUCCCUGGGGUUUUGUUAGAUAAGAGUGGUUCCUCAGUGUCUCUGUGAGUGUCCAUUGUAGAUACACAAACACACACAAAGACCCAUGGAAAAGCACACACAUGUAGACAGUCAUAAACACACCCAAACCAACAAACACAUAUGUACAUAGAAAUUAACACACACGCACACACAAACAAACACAUCGUUCAUGACUCUA